AUGUCGUCUAACGCGGGCGCGACCACGGAUGAGGUCCUGCCGAUUGUAGACAAAACUCUUGCUCGACGUCAAUACUUUCGAGAGAGGCAGCGCAAGUGUCGCCGCAAGUUGAAUGCUGACGUAGUGGCCAUCACAGAAGAGUUCGUGCACCUUCAGUCGGUCCUUGAUGGCCUUCAAGCCAUUCGUCCGCCAUCGGUGGCGCCGCAUGAAGCAAGCGAUGGUCCGUUGUCCUGGCAUUCCAUUGCCGCUGUGUUCAAAAGAGCAUCCCAUCGGGUCUUGACCGACCGCCAGUCCCUCAUCGCACAAACGCAACAGUACCAAUCCCUCAUGCACGCCAUGCAACGCUUUGUCGUGAUGAACAUUCCGCCGCCCAUGUCCCGCAGCAAGGAUGCGUGGCACAGUGCGACGUUAGUGGCCGACCCGAGUGCUCGAAACCUAGACGACGAGCUUUACCAACUUGACAUGCAAGCGCCGGACGACCACGAAUCGAUUACGUUCUUGGAACGGAUGCAAUACACCCUGCCAGGAACGGUAGCAUCGUUCCGACGAUUCUUCGAAUCCCAUCGUAUGCGGGACGUGUUUUUUAUGGACCUCCCCGAGAUGGUCGAAGAGCGCACGAACAACACGCGACUGUUGCACACCAACACGCCCGACGGCGCGUUCGUAAACUCGCUCCAAGGACACUUUCAUGAAGCCGAUCGGUUCAUCGUAGUCGUACGCCAAGUCGAACACGACGAAGUGCAUGUGUGUGACCCCGUGCUCAGGCAGCGGCACUACCGGUCGUGGAUGGAGGUGCGGCAGGUGUCGCCCACCCAUAUCAUCAUGCGGACAGUCGGUCACUUGUCUCGCGUGUUUCGAGCCCGCGAUGGGUUUGUGAGUACGACCGAGCUCGCGGUGCUGAGGGGCAUCGAUUUAACGGGCAUCCAAGACGACCAGAAGGACGCGUACGUGUGGCGCGAGUUCAUCCGACGGGGAAAUGCGAAUUUCGUGUCUUGGCGACGCCGGUUCACGGCCUUGAUGCAGGAGGAAUCGCAACACCAUCAUGAUAACCACGAGGAUUGAACGAGCUUUGCUUUGUGCCUUGGAGAUCAUCCACUGCAUUAUGGAACGGUAAUAUAACGAAGGUUGCCGCCGGUGACAUGAGUAACGAUA